GAAGCAACCCUGUCCGCCUCCACGACGACGUCGACAACGACUUCGGUCACCCCUCACUUUCCACAUUUCUCCGCUUUCACUCACACAAUGAGCGACAAUCUGCUGAACGGUGCGAACGGAGCAUCAACUGUCUCACAGUUCCAAGAAAAAGUGAAAGAUCUUGGAGUAUCUCUUCACGAUUUCACUGCCUACUAUCCGAGCUCUUUGGAUACAGUCUCGGCAAGUCUUCGUCCAAUUUCGGAUCCAUCAUCAGAUGGCGCCUUCAAAAAGAUUAAAACCGAAGGACUCGGUGGCUCGGUAUUUGGAUCUUCGAUUGCUGGGGUCACGAACACGCCUGCAAGGCUGUGUAGCCUAGAACGGCCCGAAUCAGAGCGUCUCAAUUCCAGGCGGAGACAUCGGACGACAUUCACUCAGGAACAACUUCAGGAGCUUGAUGCUGCAUUCCAAAAGAGUCACUAUCCGGAUAUCUACGUUCGAGAGGAAUUGGCAAGGAUCACCAAGUUGAAUGAAGCUCGAAUACAGGUGUGGUUCCAAAAUCGGCGAGCAAAACAUCGGAAGCAUGAAAAACAAUUGAAUAAGGCAAUCAAUCCCCCGCACUCAUUCCUAUCCAAUCCAGCGAAUACUUUGAUGCGACAAGGAAUGUACCCAGCUGCAUUGAAUCGUGACGGUUUUUGGUAUCAAUCAUAUCAACGACCAAUGCCAUACCCAACAGCUUCUCCUUCAUAUUCCAACUCGUUCACUAAUCCCAUUGCAAAUUUCGGUCAUUCCAUCACCUCUUUCCAAGCUGACGACGAGUUCUACCAGAAAAGUUUGGCACUUCGAAUGACGACGACACCAUCGGCCGCUACAGCUGCUACCUCACUUGCUAAUAUUAACUACCAGCAGACACAACCAUCUGAAGCUAGUACCAACCCUCCUUCAAUCUAGUCAUUAACAUUACAACCAGACAUUUCUAAUCUCCAAAGUUAACAGAAAAUCCAAUAAUUUAUGAUUGCGUGUGAAAUCAAUUGAACAAAUAAUAAAGAGAUCUCACUGAUA